CAAAGAUUAUUUGAGCUGGCCUUUAGAAACACACAUCACAUAGGAAUACAAGCUUUUCUCUCUCGAGGUCCUGUCUUCUACUUUGGUCUGAAACGUAUCCUGGAGUACAUUUUUGGUUCUCCUGGUCUCUUCUCCUGCUAAUUUCAUCAUUAUCCUUCUCUUCAGAUUUUAUAUACAUAGAGUAACAGAGCAACGUUCAUGUGAUCAUAUCCUUCCUUCCUCGUCUCCAUCUUGCAUAAUUUGUCAUCCAGAGAAAAUAAUGAUGAUAAUAAAAAAUCAUAGUUAUUUUCUGGCGGGAGUGGUGAUGAUGGAGAAAGCAAAUACGUGCGGGGGGCUCGCAAGAACGAAAUCGGAUCAGCUGGCGGAGGCUUUGAAGUCGCAAUUGUCGAGUGAAUCGAUGGGAUUGGUAGAACAAGGCAUCACCGGGAGCGGAGCAACGCCGUCGAGGAAGUCGAGUAGGCGGAUGACGGGGGUGUCGCCGGGGAGGAGCGGAGGAGGGAAGAACACGCACAUGAGGAAGACGAGGAGCGCUCAGCUGAAGUUCGAGGUGGACGAGGUCAGCAGCGGCGCGGCUCUGAGCCGAGCUUCGAGUGCCAGCCUGGGCCUCUCAUUCUCCUUCACCGGCUUCACCAUCCCUCCCGACGAAAUCGCCGAUUCCAAGCCCUUCAGCGACGACGAUAUCCCGGAGGAUAUCGAAGCUGGAGCUGAUAAGCCAAAGCUUCAAACAGAACCCACCCUUCCCAUUUAUCUCAAGUUCAGGGAAAUCAGUUACAAGGUAGUGCUCAGAGGAAUGACAACAUCGAAGGAGAAGGAGAUAUUGCAUGGGAUCACUGGUUCCGUGAAUCCUGGAGAAGUUCUGGCUUUGAUGGGUCCUUCAGGAAGCGGAAAGACGACUCUCCUGAAUCUUCUUGGAGGCAGGCUAAAUCAGCCCACUGUAAGUGGUUCCAUCACGUACAAUGACCAACCAUAUUCCAAGUUCUUGAAGAGCAGGAUAGGAUUCGUGACUCAAGAUGAUGUUCUGUUUCCUCACCUUACUGUGAAGGAAACACUGACAUACGCAGCCCUCCUGAGACUGCCAAAGACAACUACGAAGGAGCAAAAGGAAAAACGAGCUUUAGAUGUCAUUCAUGAGCUUGGCUUGGACAGGUGCCAAGACACUAUGAUAGGCGGUUCCUUUGUUCGUGGAGUAUCUGGUGGAGAGAGGAAGAGAGUCUGUAUUGGCAAUGAGAUCAUAAUCAACCCUUCUCUUCUGUUUCUCGACGAACCAACUUCUGGUUUGGAUUCCACAACUGCCUUGAGAACUGUUCAGAUGCUGCAAAACAUAGCAGAGGCUGGCAAAACAGUAGUGACAACAAUUCACCAACCAUCUAGCAGACUCUUCCACAGAUUCGAUAAGUUGAUCCUUCUAGGAAAAGGGAGCUUGCUUUACUUUGGAAAAGCGUCAGAAGCAAUGAUUUACUUCCAAUCUGUAGGAUGCUUACCUCUUAUUGCCAUGAACCCGGCAGAAUUCUUGCUGGACCUUGCUAAUGGAAACAUAAAUGACGUAUCUGUACCAUCAGAGUUAGAGGAUAAAGUACAGGUGGGAAAUGCAGCAACUGAAACCCGGAAUGGGAAACCAUCACCUGCACUCGUACAUGAGUAUCUGGUGGAGGCCUAUGAGACCCGAGUUGCAGAAACAGAGAAGAGAAAGCUAAUGGAUCCUAUCCCCCUUGAUGAAGAAGUGAAGACUCAGGUUUCUUCUCCUAAAAGACAGUGGGGUGCGAGCUGGUGUGAGCAAUAUUCCAUAUUGUUCUGGAGGGGAAUCAAAGAGCGGAGACACGACUAUUUUAGCUGGUUGAGAAUCACCCAAGUUCUGUCCACUGCAAUCAUCUUAGGAUUACUUUGGUGGCGAUCUGAUGCCACCACACCAAAGGGUCUUCAGGAUCAGGCAGGGCUGCUUUUCUUUAUUGCUGUGUUUUGGGGAUUCUUUCCCGUGUUCACUGCAAUAUUUACCUUUCCUCAAGAGAGAGCCAUGCUGAAUAAGGAACGUGCGGCUGACAUGUACAGACUAAGUGCAUACUUCUUAGCUAGGACCACGAGUGACCUUCCAUUGGAUUUGAUAUUACCUGUCCUUUUCCUCCUUGUUGUUUAUUUCAUGGCUGGUUUGAGAGUGAGUGCAGCUCCCUUUUUCCUCAGCAUUCUUACUGUUUUCCUCUGCAUCGUGGCAGCUCAGGGACUUGGACUUGCCAUUGGGGCCACACUAAUGGACUUGAAAAGAGCAACAACUUUGGCUUCAGUUACAGUGAUGACCUUCAUGCUGGCCGGCGGAUUCUUUGUGAAGAAAGUCCCUGUAUUUAUAUCUUGGAUACGAUACAUGUCAUUCAACUACCACACGUAUAAACUCCUAUUGAAGGUGCAAUAUGAGCACAUAACACCAAGCGUAAAUGGGAUGAGAAUUGACAGUGGUUGGACGGAGGUGGCUGCUCUGAUAGCCAUGGUUUUUGGUUAUCGUCUCCUGGCUUACCUUUCCUUGCGAUGGAUGAAACUUCAAUGAAUUUGGAGCUUCGAAGUUGAGACAGUACAUGCAAAUGCAACUAUAAACACGCCUAAGCGUUUCCACUCUCAUUGAACCAGGGAUAUUUAAGGGAAGAUCAUGACAAAGUUCCGAGUUUGGACGAGAUAGAAAAUUCUAGUCUUUUAGUAUCUGCAGUACUGUAGUUCGUGAGGAUUUUGAAGCGCUGACAAGCGUCCUCGGAUGAUAUCUUGAAACACCGGUGAGAUGGGCGGCUCCUGAGAUUUUUCCCCUUCCCCCAAUAUAUAUAUAUAUAUAUAUUUAUAUAUAUAUGAAGAUUAUCUAACUCAAAGACAAUCGGAGACCUUUGGUAUUGUUCAACUUUAAAUGACUAGUUACAAUUCA